AUGUUCCUCACUCUCCGGUGGUUGUUGGAAAGCAAAAAGAGCAGCAAGCAGUCGCCCGGCAGCAAUUGGCAGUCGCAUCCACCGGGAGCGUGCUCACAAACGACGACUAAGAUAGUCGAGCCGAGCCACCAAAACAGAAAGAAGCCACAAAUUCAACGCUUGGACUACGACUGUGUAAAUAUUUAG